AUGUCCAGUGCGGAAGCCAAAGCUGCACGUCGCGCCAAGUUCGAGGGCGUCUUCGAGAAGAUCAGGGACGAACUCGUCGAGCACUUUGCUGGAGAGGGGAUGCCAGCAGAGGCUGUGAAAUGGUACCGCGAUAAUCUGAACUACAAUGUCCCGGGGGGGAAGCUGAACCGCGGGAUGUCAGUCGUCGAUACCGUCGAGAUCUUGAAAGGGCGUGCCUUGACCGAGGACGAGUACUUCAAAUCUGCCAUCUUGGGGUGGUGUGUUGAGUUGCUCCAAGCCUACUUCCUUGUUGCGGACGACAUGAUGGACUCCUCUAUCACGCGCCGCGGCCAGCCCUGCUGGUAUAGACUCCCCGAAGUUGGCAGCAUCGCAAUCAAUGAUUCCUUCAUGCUCGAAGCGGCCAUUUACCGCCUCCUCAAGGUGCACUUCCGCACGGAGCCGUACUACGCCGAUCUCCUCGACUUGUUCCACGAGACGACAUACCAGACAGAGAUGGGCCAGCUCGUGGACCUCAUUACCGCUCCGGAGGACAAGGUUGAUCUGAGCAAGUUCUCUUUGGAAAGACACCGCCUGAUCGUGAUCUACAAAACCGCGUACUACUCCUUCUAUCUCCCCGUCGCAUGUGCCAUGCUCGUCUCUCGCAUCCCCGAGACUUAUACCGUCGCCGCUGCCUCCGGCUCAGCGACCGUCAAACCAUACGAUCUUGCACUCUCCAUUCUCCUGCCCCUGGGCGAGUACUUCCAGAUCCAAGAUGAUUUCUUGGACUUCUCUGGCACCCCAGAGCAGAUCGGGAAGAUCGGCACAGACAUCGUCGACAACAAGUGCUCCUGGGUCGUCAACACCGCCAUCAAGCUCGCAUCCCCGGAGCAGCGCCAGCUCCUUGAUGAGAACUACGGCAGGAAGGAUGCGGAGAAGGAGAAGAAGGUCAAGGCGCUCUUUGAAGAGCUUGGCAUCAGGAAGGUAUAUGCUGAGUACGAGGAGAGGGUUGUGGGUGACUUGAAGAAGAAGAUUGGUGAGAUCGUCGAGGUCGAGGAUGGCUUGAAGAGGGAAGUGUUCGAGAGCUUCUUGGGCAAGAUAUACAGGAGGAGCAAGUAA